GAUAAUUCUUGAUCGCUUCUUGGCUUUCCGGUUGACAAAGUUGUGCUCAGGAUGCAGCUUCUCGAUCCAGCUCGAUGUUUAUGCUAGCACCCCGUAUCUGAUGCAACACGUCAGGAUAGCCUUGGUCCAUUCGAUAUUCGCUACUACAGCUAUACGCCAUACUCUCAAUACCUGUAGGAGGACAUCACCGAGCAUCAUGGCCGGAGCCGAUAUCAAACCGAAACGAUCUAGCUCGACGACUGUGAAGAGCGAAUCCAAGCCAUUCCAUUCCUCGGACAAGACGAUCGAUUCAACAGCAACAGAUGAAAAGCCCAAGCCUUCGAAAGUGAAAAAGCCAAAGCUUGAUGUCGCUCGUGCAGCGGCAAAAACCGAUGGAAAGGCAAAAGCUCUAGGCGUCGGCGGGCUCGCUUCCUUAUUACAGGCAUCAUCUCCCGAGGCAAGCUCCUCCCGAACACCGGUCGAGAAACCGAAAAAGACGUCCAAGAAAACGGAGGGUUCUAAAACAAAAUCAAAAGAUGUGAAGAAGUCCAAAGGCAAAGAGCAGGAGGUUGAGGAAGGGGACGAGAAUGUUGAGCAGGAUCGGGGCAUGAUGCUCCAAUGGGCAAGUCAGGCGAUCGCUACGUCAAAGACGGGCAUCUCGCUCGAGGAGAUCAAGGAGGAGGAGUUGGAAGCCAAGAAGGAGAAGGUCGCAAAGAAGCAAACACAAACGGGAUCGGUGGAUCAGGGUCAGAAAGCUGUUGGGGCGAGCGCUGCGAAGGAUUUCACCCGCUCGAACGAUCGCCAGGGGAAGGCAUCUACAAUCCGUCCGGUGCCCGGUGAUGAUGCCCUAACCGUGAUCGAUCUCCCUGCGGAGAAAGACACGGCAUUGCGGAGAGAGCUCAGGGACAUGGUCUCCGGUCUGACAAAGUACGAGAGAGAAAGCCAAAAAGUGCCAGGAAAUUAGUACGUAUCACCUUUCAUAUGGAGAUGUACGUCGUACGUCGGGAUGCUCACAAGUCUCCUCUGCCGCACUUAGCCUUGCUAUCGAUUGCGAGAUGGUAGGCCUAGGUCACAACGGCAUGGAAUCCUGUCUGGCCCGAGUCUCGAUCGUCAACUAUCACGGCUAUAUCGUCUUAGACACCUUUGUCCGUCCGAAAGAGAGGGUGACCGACUGGAGGACUUGGGUCUCGGGUGUGAGGCCAAAGGACAUGAACAAUGCCAGACAUUUC